AUGCUAAUCCCUGAUCCCAUAAUGUAAAAUACUAGCCAGGUCUCAUAAGAUUCAGAAUCAGCAUUCAAACACUCUGAAAUGAAAAAUAUUAGAUAGAUUAAGCCUGCAGUCAUCUAAAAGUCAGCUGAAAACUGGAAAGUCUUAUAGCCAUUCUACUUCGAGUUUGCUAUAAAUACUAGACAAAGCAGUAGUGAUAACAUUCCGAGCAAAUGCCUUAAGAACAGUCUCUCAUUGUAUAUUAAAUAGAAAAUUACAGCAGUCAAAAAUGAAGUCAGUGCUAUUAUCGAGGACAUAACGCUAAAACUAGCACCUGCUUUCCUUGAGUAAAAUGCUAUGUAGGUUGUGUUGAUAGUUGAAAGUACCUGA